UUUUCUAUGGUUUGAAAUAAACUUAAACAUAAAAUAUAACAUUCUAGCUUUCGAACACCAGUUAAUUUCCAUCCAUUUUGUAGGCGUGGCCUAAAUGUACAAAAGAAGUGGUAUUGUACGAAAGUGUCUAAGCGUUAAAUUGGUAUAGCGCCCUCUCGUGAUUAUGAAUCUAGAAAAUUCCAUCGUGAUUCCAAUUUUAGUCACAUUUGUCCUGAAAUCAUUCCGAUAAACCUCGCAAUUAUUCCUUCAAUCAAACGUAAAAUCCCAGGUUAACCCAAAUUUUCCUAAUCAUCUGUAUGCCGUCCAUCAGCGGCUGUGCGUAGAAGCUAACAAACCACGGCCUACCACACGGCUUACACAACCUCCAUUGCAGUUCACGGCUCCCAUUCCACGGAUUAAAGUCUUCAUCAGUAAAUUAACCUAAUCAGCUCAGCUACUAUCUUCAUCAUUGUAAUUUGAGAACAAUCAGUAAUUAAAGGAGAGCAAAUCAACCAAUCAUAGACUCGUCACCAGUCUCCUGUCCUGCACUUUCUUUCAUGGUCCUUCGAGCCGGAUCCUCUACACCAGCGACCUGCGGAUUUUACCACAAUGUCUGAACACCAUGCCGAUGAUGUUCUGGCCGAGGAGAACCGAGAUGAGUCUGUUGCCUCAAAGCACUCCGGCAGCCAACGCACUAAUAGCUCAUCAAGUUCCCGUAACUCACACCUAUCCGGUCUUAGUGAUAAGGAUGCAGCUAAGAUGCGAACACUCAGAAGAAGAAUUCGUCUUAACGAGCUGGAGUGCCAACUCCAGGAAGAUCAGACCGCUGAUGAGCAACUUCGUAAACUUGACGAGCAGGCCCGCUCUGCCCGACUUAAAGCUGAAGAAGUGGAGCGACAGGCAUUGCGAGAGCGUGAGGCCCUCACCUCCAAAUUAUCCCGUCAACGCAGAGUGCGGAUUGCUCGUCAAGAACUCUGCGAGGCUGAAGCCAUCAGUGCCAUGUUGAAUAAUGAAUCAUCAUCAUCACCAUCACAUCCUUUAAUGGGUACAGACGAUCAGUCACCCCCACAGAGUGCAUCCUCAACUCCACAACCAGACAUGCAGCAAACAUCCACAAGUGUUUCAUCCAGUUGCUCCACUUGUGACAUCUCACCCAGACAUUCAGCAAGCACCCCCAUGUGUUUCCUCCUCUGUCUGUCAUCCGACUCCAUCUGGUGCCCCAUCCUCGACCUCACCACCGGACAUUCAGCAAACACUACCCUGUGUUUCGACCUCUGUUUGUCAUGGUGCCCCAGUGAGUGCGACCUUACCCGCAUCAGUGGUAACCAGUGA